UUCACACCCAUAGAGUGAAAGUGAUUGAGACCUUCAGUGAAGCUCCUCCUACAACAAUCCACCAAUAAAUGCUGGAGUCAAACACACAGAGAAAUCACUCCAUGUGUGACAACUGAAAUCUUCAUGACAUAAUGUUGAUGCUGGUGAAAGAGGAGCUUGAGAAGAUGACAGAUCCACAACCAUGCAGAAUAAAGGAUGAAGAUACUGAGAAACAAAUAGAUAUAAUGGAAGUGAAAGAGGAGAGUGAAGCUGAAUUGGAUGAGAAACAUCAGAUUGUAAAAAUAAACCCUAAUGUUUCACCGAAAGAACCUCUGAAGACAGAAGACAUAAAGUGUGAAAAUAGUUUCAGUGAAGAUGAACACCCUGCAGAUCACAAGAGGACUCACAGUGAGGAGAAACCUUUCACAUGUCAACAAUGUGGAAAGAGUUUCACAAGAAAAGUUUACCUUAAAGCACACAUGAGGAUUCACACGGGAGAGAAACCACACGCGUGCCAUCAGUGUGGAAAGAGUUUCACUUUUCAAUCGAGCCUUAGCAAGCACAAGAAAGCUCACAUGGUGGGAAAGCAACACGUGUGCCAGCAUUGUGACAAGAGUUUCCGAUAUAAAAGUGAUCUUCAGAUACACAUAAGACUUCACACUGGAGAGAGACCUUACACAUGUCAUCAAUGUGGAAAGAGUUUCACAAGUAAAGGUGUUCUUAAGAAACACAUGAGAAUUCACACUGAAGAGAAACCAUUCACUUGUCAUCUGUGUGAAAAGAGUUUCAGAAGUAAAACUGAGCUUAAGCGUCACACAAGAAUUCACACUGGAGAGAAACCAUUCACGUGUCAUCUGUGCGGAAACAGUUUCAGAAAUAAAAGUAACCUUAAGUUUCACACAAGAAUUCACACUGGAGAGAAACCGUUCACAUGCCAUGAGUGUAAAAAAAGUUUCAGAAGGAAGAGUACCCUAACAGCACACAUGACAAUUCACACUGGAGAGAAACCUCACGCAUGUCUUCAGUGUGAAAAGCGUUUCAUAGAUAAACGUGGACUUGAGAUUCACAUGAGAAGACACACUGGAGAGAAACCUUACAUAUGCUCUCAGUGUGGAAAAAGUUUUUCAAGCAAACGAACUCUUAAGGCACACAUGAAUGUUCACACUGCAGAAAAACCAUUCACAUGUCAUCACUGUGGAAAAGGUUUUCAAACGAAACGUGACCUUAAUAUACAUGUGAGUAUUCACUCUGGAGAGAGACCGUUCACUUGUCAUCACUAUGGAAAGAGUUUUAAAGUAAAAAAUGAACUUAAAAGACACCUAAAAAUUCACACUGGAGAGAAACCUUACACUUGUCAUCUGUGUGGAAAGAGUUUCAGAAAAAAAAUUUACCUGAAAAUACACAUGAGGACUCACACAGGAGAGAAACCACACGCAUGUCUUCAUUGUGGAAAGAGUUUCAGUUUGGAGUUAAUUCUUAAGAGACACAUGAUGAUUCACAGUGGAAAGAAACCUCACGCAUGUCCUCAGUGUGACAAGAGUUUCAUAUAUAAAAGUCUACUUGAGAUUCACAUGAGAAGUCACACUGGAGAGAAACCUUACAUAUGCUCUCACUGUGAAAAGAGUUUUACAAGUGAAGUUGCUCUUAAGACACACAUGAGAAAGAUAGAACAUAAGCAGUAAAAGUGCCUAUCUAAUAGAAAUUAUAACCAUUAUAACAUCAGUCACAUUUAUAAUCUAUAGACCUGCACUGUCUAUUAAUAUACUAUACAUAGUAUUGUAUUAUAUUGAGUUUGAUAAAAGGGGUCUAAUUGCUUCAUAUAUCAGUGCAAAAACAGUAAGUGUUUUCGUGGUGCUUUGACAAACAGUGUCAGCUUUGUUAAUGGCAAAGUAAGUUUGGGGUGGUUAGAUUGAUGAAAUAUAAUGUGAAAUUAAUAUUAAUUUUCAAUAAAUCAAAGUAUUGUGUUGUGUCACACAUUAUUAGUUCUUCGUCACAUGUAUAGUAGACCAUUAUUUGUCAGUGGGUAAUGACCGGCUACCACCACAACGUUUAAGAAAACAAGGCGGCAUGUGGUUUAAAAGAUGGCAAGUAAAAUAAAAAGCAUAUCUGUAUGCAAUACAGUUUCAUUAUUGUUCAUUAUUAUCCAGAGCGCCUUAAUAUAACUUGAAAAAAUAUGUGCGACCAAAUCAUAUUUUGCGCCAGUAACUGAAAAAGUUGGUAGCGCAAGUGCCACCAGUGGAAAAGGUUAGUGUAGUUCCCUGCAAAGCGUUGUGUGUUCUUUCCAUACAACUCAAUUUUGGUUUCAUCUGUCCACAGAAUGUUUUGCCAGUAGUGCUGUGGAACAUCCAGGUGCUCUUUUGCAAACUUCAAACGUGCUGCAAUGUUUUUUUUGGACAGCAGUGGCUUUCUCCGUGGUGUCCUCCCAUGAAGUCCAUUCUGGUUUAAUGUUUUCCUUAUUGUAGAUUUGUCAACAAAAAUGUUAGCAUGUGCCAGAGAUUUCUGUAAGUCUUUAUUUAGCUGACACUCUAGGAUUCUUCUUCACCUCAUUGAGCAUUCUGCGCUGUGCUCUUGCAGUCAUCUUUACAGGACGACCACGCCUAGGGAGUGUAGCAACAGUGCUGAACUUUCUACAUUUGUAGACAAUCUGUCUUACCGUGGACACAUGGACAUCAAGGCUUUUAGAUAUACUUUUGUAGCCCUUUGCAGCUUUAUGCAAGUCAACAAUUCUUGAUUGUAGGUCUUUUGAGAGCUCUUUUGUGCGAGGCAUGGUUCACACCAGACAAUGCUUCUUCAGAACAUCAAACUCAAAACUGGUUUGUUUUUUUUAUUGGACAGGGCAGCUUUAAUCAACACAUCCAAUCUCAUCACAUUGAUUGGACUCCAGGUUGGCUGACUCCUGGCUCCAAUUAGCUCUUGGAGAAGUCAUUAGCCUAGGGUUUCACAUACUUUUUCCACCCUGCACUAUGAAUGUUUACAUGUUGUGUUCAAUAAAAACAUGAAAACGUAUAAUGUUUGUGCGGUAUUGGUUUAAGCAGACUGUGUUUCUAUAUUGUUGUUACUUAGAUGAAGAUCAGAACACAUUUUAUGACCAAUUUAUGAAGAAAUCCAAGUAAGCCCAAAGGGUUCACAUACUUUUUCUUUCAACUGUAUUUUGUUUAACAGAAUUCCUCUUUCAAAGCCUACAGCGAAUGGCCGAUUUGGACUACAGCCCUCUACUUCCUGCUUUAAUGAUGUCAGUAAAAUGUUUUUUGACUAAACUCCGCCCAGAGGAAUACGUCAGUCACCAGCUUUGGCUCAAACGGCUCUGCUAAGCUAAGCUGCUAUCGAAUCACAACACACUAAAUAAACUACACAAUCAGAACUCGUUACGUAUUUCUGAAGGAGGGACUUCAUAAAACAAAGACGACAUCAGCCUGUUUUGAGGACAGUGAAAACAGCGGUAUAGAGAUAAGUACAUUUUUUGAAAAAUACCACUUUUUUACACGUGAAACAGGAACACAUGUUAUAUUGCACACUGUAAACACAAUCAAAGCUUCAAAACCACGGAAAGAACGGGAGCUUUAACCACUGAUGAUGCAAUAUUUCUAACGUGUACAAAGUAGCAUAGGAUCCAAAGAGGCUUGUUGAUGUUUCUUAAAGGAAUAGUCUAUCCUUUUUCCAUAUUAAACUAUGUUAUUACCUAAACUAAGAAGAGUUGAUACAUACCUCUAUCAUCUUAGUGCUUACAAGCAAGUAUGGUGGCACAAAAUAAAACGUAGCACUUUUCUAAGUGGAUUUAAAAGGGUAACUAUAUUGUAUGGCGUAAUAGCACUUUUGUGAGUACUUCGACUCGGCGCAGUAACACUCUCCCUCCCAUUAUGAGAGGGAGAAGGGGAG